AUGGAGGUGGUGGGGGACUUCGAGUACAGCAAGAGGGACCUCGUGGGACACGGGGCUUUCGCCGUGGUCUUUCGGGGGCGGCACCGUCAGAAAACUGAUUGGGAGGUAGCUAUUAAAAGUAUUAAUAAGAAGAACUUGUCAAAAUCACAACUACUGCUUGGAAAGGAAAUUAAAAUUUUAAAGGAACUUCAACAUGAAAAUAUUGUCACACUCUAUGAUGUUCAGGAAUUACCGAACUCUCUCUUUCUGGUGAUGGAGUAUUGCAAUGGUGGAGACUUGGCAGAUUAUUUGCAAGCUAAAGGCACUCUCAGUGAAGAUACCAUCAGAGUGUUUCUACAUCAGAUUGCAGCUGCAAUGAGAAUCUUGCACAGCAAAGGGAUAAUCCACAGGGACCUUAAACCCCAGAACAUCUUGUUGUCCUACGCUAGUCAUAGAAAGUCAAGUGUUAGCGGUAUCCGCAUUAAAAUAGCGGAUUUUGGAUUUGCUCGUUACUUGCAUAGUAAUAUGAUGGCAGCAACACUAUGUGGAUCACCAAUGUACAUGGCUCCUGAAGUUAUUAUGUCUCAACAUUACGAUGCUAAGGCUGACCUGUGGAGCAUAGGAACAGUGAUCUACCAAUGUCUAGCUGGAAAACCACCUUUUCAGGCCAGUAGUCCUCAAGACCUGAGAAUGUUUUAUGAAAAACACAGGAGCUUACUGCCUAGUAUUCCCAAAGAAACAUCACCUUAUUUGGCUAAUCUCCUUUUGGGUUUGCUUCAGAGAAAUCAAAAAGAUAGAAUGGACUUUGAAACAUUUUUUAGUCAUCCUUUUCUGGAGCAAGUUCCAGUUAAAAAAUCUUGUCCAGUUUCAGUACCUGUGUGUGGUGGUUCUGUCACUGGAAGCUCUUGUGCCACCUCUCCAUCUUGCCGGUUUUCCUCACCACCAUCCCUUCCAGAUGCACAGCUUAUGCAGGAAGAAAAUUUAUCUUCCCCACCAUUGGGUCCUCCUAACUAUCUACAAGUGUCCAAAGAUUCUGCCAGUUCUAGUAGCAAGAACUCUUCUUGUGAUACGGAUGACUUUGUUUUGGUUCCGCACAACAUCUCAUCAGAUCAUUCAUAUGAUAUGCUAGUGGGAACUGCUGGCAGACAUGCUUCAAAUGAGAUCUUCAUGUGUGGAGGGCAGUGUCAGCCUACAGUGUCACCUCAUAGUGAAACAAUGCCAAUCCCAGUUCCUACUCAGAUAAGAAAUUAUCAGCGUAUAGAGCAGAAUCUGUCCUCUGUCCCCAGCUCUGGCACAAAUCUGCAUGGUUCUCCAAGAUCUUCAGUUGUACGAAGGUCUAAUACCAGCCCAACGGGCUUCCUCCGUCUGGGAUCCUGCUCCCCGGUGCCAGGAGACACAGUACAAACAGUUGGACGAAGACUCUCUACUGGGUCUUCAAGGCCUUAUUCGCCUUCCCCUUUGGUUGGUACCAUUCCUGAGCAAGUUAGUCAGUGCUGUUGUGGGCAUCCUCAGGGCCAUGAAUCCAGGAGUAGAAAUGCCUCAGGUUCUCCAGUGCUACAGGCUCAGUCACCACAGUCUGUCUUACUGGGUGCUCGACUGCAGAGCACCCCCACCCUUACCGACAUCUAUCAGAACAAGCAGAAGCUGAGAAAGCAGUACUCUGAUCCUGUGUGCCCUUCUCAUACUGGGGUUGGUUACAGCUACUCCCCUCAACCCAGUCGGCCUGGCAACCUGGGAGCCUCUCCCACCAAGCACAUGGGAUCCUCUCCACGAAAUUCUGACUGGUUCUUUAAAACUCCUUUACCAACUAUUAUUGGCUCUCCUACUAAGACUUCAGCUCCUUUAAGAAUCCCUAAAACACAAGCAUCUUCCAACUUGGUAGCUUUGAUCACUCAUCAGGGACCAGGAGAAGGGCAGUCUAGAGAUGGAAAUGACCCACUGGAAUGCUUGCACUGUGUCUCAGUACAAGGAGCUGAGAAGCAGAGGGCAGGCCAGAAGAAAAAGGCAGUGUUUGGCAGGUCUGUUAGUACAGGGAAAUUAUCAGAUCAACAAAUAAAGACAUCCUUAGGUGGACAACUGCAUCAGGAUAAUACGGAAAGUUUAAAUACAGAGCGACCAAUGGAUAUAGCUCCUGUAGGACCCUGUGGCAUUGUGCUGACACCACCUGUAGGACCACCAGCAAGUUCUAGGGCUGUCCUGUUUACUGUGGGGUCACCUCCCCACAGUGCCACCACCCCUGCUUGUACCCAUAUUGUCUUUCGAACAAGAACAACUUCAGGAGGAUCCAGCAGUUCUGGAGGCUCCCUCUGUGCGGCACAUGGCGGUGUGUGCUUGGGCUCCCCACCUGGCGGAUGUUUAGGGUCCUCCCCUCCACAAGCAGAUGCAGCUCCCAGUCUGAGAUACAUACCUUAUGGUACUUCACCCCCGAGCUUAGAGGGGCUCAUCACCUUUGAAGCUCCUGAAUUGCCUGAGGAGACACUAAUGGAGCAAGAACAUACAGAUACCUUACGCCAUCUGAAUAUGACACUGAUGUUUACUGAGUGUGUCCUGGAUCUGACAGCCAUGCAAGCAGGAAACCCAGAACUCUGUAUAUCUGCUGUCUCCUUGUACCAGAUUCAAGAGAGUGUGGUUGUGGACCAUAUCAGCCAGCUGAGCAAAGAUUGGGGACAAGUGGAACAGCUGGUAUUAUACAUGAAGGCAGCACAGUUGCUAGCAGCUUCUCUACACCUUGCCAAGGCCCGGAUAAAGUCUGGGAAGCUAAGCCCAUCCACAGCGGUGAAGCAAGUUGUCAGAAAUCUGAAUGAACGAUAUAAAUUCUGCAUCACAAUGUGCAAGAAACUUACAGAAAAACUGAAUCAUUUCUUCUCUGACAAACAAAGAUUUAUUGAUGAAAUCAAUAGAGUUUCUGCAGAGAAACUCAUCUAUAAUUGUGCUGUAGAGAUGGUUCAGUCUGCAGCUCUGGAUGAUAUGUUUCAGCUGACUGAAGAUACUGCUUAUCGAUAUCAUAAGGCAGCCCUUCUUUUGGAAGGCCUAACUAAGAUUUUACAGGACCCUGCGGAUAUUGAAAAUGUAAUUAAAUAUAAAUGUUGUAUUGAAAGAAGAUUAUCAGCACUCAGCUGUAGCACUGUGACUUUGUGAGCAGCAGGCAUGUCCCAUGGGCCAGACUAGGGAAUGUGAGGUGAUACAUUUGGGAGUUCAGCAUGCAUUCUAUUGUCCUAUCCUCCAGAAACUGUAGCUUCAUAACUGGUGAUUACCAAAGAAUAUGCAGUGAUUU